ACGCACAUACACAGCCCCACUAAUUCAGUUUCAAUAAAGAGCAGGAGGUGUUACAUAGUUUUUGCUGUAAUUAAAUCAUUUCAUUUAUAAAUUUUAAGCAAAAUGUCUGAGAAAAAGCCGAACGGAGACGCUGAUGAUCUCAACGAUUUGCUAGACAGUGCUCUGCAGGAUUUCGACAAAACAAAGAGUGGGGACAAGGGACCUUCCUCGACGACAGAUGCCGCCAGUGCAGGUGAAGUGACCGAUGGCGCCCCCGAUCCAGAUGCAUUUUUCGUUGAACAAGCGAAAAUCUUGGCGGAACGUAUGAACACAUUGUUCGGUGGCCCAGACACGCCCAGCGGUGAUAUACCACCACUGCCGCAGGAUCCCGAUCAAUUCAUGGCCGGAUUCAAGAAAAUGGCCGAAGCAGCUGCAAUGACAUUAAGCGGCGAGAACUCGGCGAAUGAUGAAGAGGUGUCUAAGUAUUCAGACAGCAUUUCACAGGCGCUGAAGGGUCUGCAAGAGGGCACUGAGAAUCUGGAGGCGCCGGCUGGUGAAAACGACAUUGCGAGCAUGUUCAGUUCCUUGAAUUUGGAUGGCGCUGCUGAUGCGGAUGGGAAUUCAUUUUUGCCAUUCAUGGAGGGCAUGAUGCAGAGUCUGCUCUCGGCGGAGAUCCUGCUGCCCAGCAUUAAGGAGUUACUGGAGAAGUAUCCCAAGUAUUUAGAGGAGAACGACGCCACACUCUCAGCAGAGGACAAAGAAAGAUACCAGAAACAACUGGAACUUUACAAGGUGAUUGAGGAACACUUGCAGAGCGAAAAACCCGACGAUUCGCCCACAGUAAAGCGUGAGAAAUUCCGCGUGGUGCUCGAUGACAUGCGCAAACUGCAAGACUAUGGCCAGCCACCAGCUGAGAUUCUGGCUGAAACUGGAGGUGAUUUGCCCUUUGGGGAUCCAACAGCAGCUGCUGGUCUGCCAGCAAGUCCUCAGUGUCCCACUAUGUAAAUUGGACAGACGUCGUUCCUAGUUGGAGUGCCAAAAUGUCCCGUCGUGUCCCUCGUUGUAUGUUGCACAUUUAGCAUAAGUCAAUUUGAAUAAUUUACUACGUAAACAUUUAUGAUUUCGACAUCAAGUGGUGGAUAUGCUACAAGUGAAAGGUUCUAAACAAACGAGUUGUUUUUAUUAUACUUAUUAUUUCUUUUUAUUUAUAUGAUCUUCGCAAUAAAAAUAUAUU